AGGAGACCCCGGUUGAAUUGUCCCUGCCCAGCCCGGUACCCCGAGAUGCGGCUGGGGACCAGUGGUGGCCCCAGAGCCACCGCUCGCCUCCCGUCCAUCAUCAUCACCAUCAUCGCAUCAAGGCAUGAAGGCAGCUCGGGGAAGGGGGGGACGUGCUCCAGCCCCCCCCCCCCAAAUGUCUCCACCCCCAAGCAGGGGCAUAAAACCCCCCGGCAGACAGCAGGGGGACGGUGCAGAGGUGGCGCUGGGAGGGGACGUUGCUGGGGUCCCCGCUGCCACCACACCGGGACACGGAGCCGCAGACGCCUCCUGCCCACCCGCUGCACCCAUGGCAGCCUUCCUGGGGGGGUCAGGCGAGGGAGCCCCCUGUGUCACCAGCCUGGGCUGUGCCGGCGAGGGGACAGGGAAGAACCGGCACGUGUCCCAGGCGGCGGCGCGGCUGGAGAUGGGCAGUCUCUGGGAGGAGUUCAACCGCCUGGGCACCGAGAUGAUCGUCACCAAGGCAGGCAGGAGGAUGUUCCCCACCUUCCAGGUGAAGCUGUCGGGGUUGGACCCUCUGGCCGACUACGUCCUGCUGAUGGACUUUGUGCCGCUGGACGACAAGCGAUACAGGUACGCCUUCCACAGCUCCUCCUGGCUGGCGGCGGGACGGGCCGACCCCGCAGCCCCCGGCCGCGUCCAUUUUCACCCCGACUCCCCGGCCAAGGGGGCCCAGUGGAUGCGGCAGAUCGUCUCCUUCGACAAGCUCAAGCUGACCAACAACCUCCUGGAUGACAACGGCCACAUCAUCCUCAACUCCAUGCACCGCUACCAGCCCCGCUUCCACGUCGUCUUCGUGGACCCGCGGCGGGACAGCGAGCGCUUCGCCCACCAGAACUUCAAAUCCUUCAGCUUCCCCGAGACCCAGUUCAUGGCGGUGACAGCGUACCAGAACCACCGGAUCACCCAGCUCAAGAUCGCCAGCAACCCCUUCGCCAAGGGCUUUCGGGAUGGUGACCCUGAGCCGUGGUGCGGGGUGCCCGCAGGGUCCCUGCUGGGUGCUGUGCCCUGCGCCCGGGCCACUACGCUGCCCCCCAGCUCUGAGAAGCAAGAGAAAGGUAGGGGGGCUCGGGGGGCGGCUGACCCCCCGUUGCUGUCUCUCCCCCGCCCAGGGGCUCCCCACAGCCGUGGGGCACUGGCUGCCACAACCGGCCCCCCACAACCGGCCCCAUCGGUGGCUCCAUCCAGCUUCCCCACACCCCCCUUCCAGCAUCUCGCUUGCCCCCCUGGUGCUUAUGGGGGGACCAAACCCCACACCUUGCCCUACCCCCUGCCCGCCUUACCCCCCCUCAGCACCUACAGCCCCACCGCCACCCCCCACUUCAGCUACGGGCAGCAGUGACGGGGGGACACCCCCAGGAGCCCCUCCCCAUCCCACCAUGGGGGGACAGAGACGCAACAAACCCUGGGGACAGUUUUAUUCGCUACCACAGAGGGGAUGAGGACGAUGCUGCAGCAGGGGGGCUUGGGGGGGA